CCAAUUCCUGACGUCACGUUGCCACUGCGGAGCCUCGCGGUUUCGGGGAAGGCGGGUGAGCUGGACUCGGUGUUUAGUGUUCUGCUGUCCGGUGGCAGUGACACGCGCACUCUGGAAACUAAGCAAACGAGUGGGUUUACGUGGAUUAUCGUAUACGGACGGCAACACACGACCGGGAAUUCUUUAUAACGUUGAACUUCGCAGUUGGACUUACCUGGAGUUUUGUGUUUUUUUGGUCUCGCGCUACUUUUUUUCCCCAGCGUUUGUUUGGUGUGUUUUUUUAAAGAUAUUUCACGCCCUUCUACCCGUAAAAAGGCGCACCAUAGCGACGGUGAACAUGAGCGGUGAGCUCACUGGGGCCGCUGCUUCUCCGAAGCCGACUCUUUGAGACAUGGCCAAGAUCCAGGAGAACGGGAUACGGAGCGGCCCGUCGCCGAGUCUGAAGGGAACCCAGGAGAACCAGAGUGACAAGGACAGCAGCUCCAUGGGCUCCGAGUCGGAGAUGAACGGCUUCGCCGACACUCGCGCCGACAAGUACGGCUUCAUCGGCGGAGCGCAGCAGAGCCUCGAGGACUCAAUUGAAGAUAUUCCCCCAGAUGUGCUGAGACAGAGAGAAGCCAAAUGGCUGGACAUGCUCAACAGCUGGGACAAAUGGAUGGCAAAGAGGCACAAGAAGAUUAAGCUCCGAUGUCAGAAGGGGAUACCACCUUCUCUUCGUGGCCGUGCCUGGUUAUACUUAUCAGGAGGCAAAGUCAAGCUGGAGCAGAAUCAUGGCAAGUUCCAGGAACUGGACUCGCAGGCUGGAGAUCCCAAGUGGUUGGAUGUGAUUGAGAAAGAUCUCCAUCGCCAAUUUCCCUUUCAUGAGAUGUUUGUGUUACGCGGAGGACAUGGACAGCAAGAUCUGCAUAGAGUGCUGAAAGCUUACACCCUGCACCGCCCAGAGGAGGGCUACUGCCAAGCCCAGGCUCCCAUUGCUGCUGUCCUGCUGAUGCAUAUGCCAGCCGAGGAAGCAUUUUGGGUGCUAGUACAGAUCUGUGAGAAGUACCUGCCAGGAUAUUACAGUGCUGGACUGGAGGCAAUCCAGCUGGAUGGGGAGAUACUCUUUGCUCUGCUUCGUAAGGUUUCACCUGUUGCCCACAAACACCUAAGCAAAUAUAAGAUUGAUCCCAUCCUCUACAUGACUGAGUGGUUCAUGUGUGCCUUCUCCCGGACACUUCCCUGGUCAUCUGUGCUGCGGGUCUGGGAUAUGUUCCUGUGUGAAGGUGUCAAGAUCAUCUUCCGAGUGGGGCUGGUCCUCCUCAAGCUCAUGCUUGGUUCACCUGAGAAGCUAAAGGCUUACCAAGGUCAAUAUGAGACCAUGGAGUUACUCAGGGCCAUCAAUCCCAAAUACAUGCAGGAAACAUUUCUUGUCAGAGAGGUGAUUGAACUGCCCAUAUCGGAGCGUGAAGUUGAAAAGGAGCACCAAGUUCAGCUGAAGCGCUGGAAGGAGAAACAUGGCGAUCUGCACUGCAAAUCACCACCCAGGAUGCAUGGGGCGCGAGCGAUCAUGGAGGCUGAGCCGCAUACACGCCAGGACCUACGCCAAGCCCCAACCAUCAUCAUGGAGUCCCCGAAAGAAAAUUCAAACUUUAAAAAGAACAAGAAAGAAAAUAAGAAAAAGGACAAGGGUAAAAAAACGCCACCUAGUGCUUCAUUUGAGAACCGCAGCCAUUCAGUGCCUGAGGUGGAGCCUGUGACACCAGUUGAUGCAGUCGGCAGUUUGGAGAAAAACUCUUCAUGGCAAGGCUCGAGGCAAAGCUUGAGCUCGAGCAGCACGGAGCAGGACACCUACUUGUAACCAAGCAAUUGGAAAAACCUGCAAGACGUUGGUCUUAGUAAGGGAGGAUUACGAGUUUAUGCCAAUCCAUUGUAUGUCCAGUCAGUGCCACUUUUUUUUUUUUUACCCUGAAUAAAAAGUUGUCGCCAGUUGUGCGGCAGAGGACUAACUUGACAGUUUGGAAAUAGUUACUCUUCUUUAGGCUUUAAUAAAAAUGUGCCAUUGCACUCCACAUAUUUAAUUUCAUCUGCGAUGCCUGUGAUACCUGGGGGUGAAGAGACAGAUGGGCUCAUUGCAAACAGACUGCUGUCUUCAUGGCCUUAGAGCUGGGCAGUGCCAGCCUCUUGUUAAAUGGUGGUCUCCAUAUGGCAAACCAGACCUUAUUUAUUCCUGACAUUUUUAUUUUGGGGUUUCACUUGUUUUCUGUUUAGCAUUUAAAGCUGCACCAUACCAUAAAGGCGCAAUCCAAAUGAACUGGUCGUCUUGGCAAUAUAAAUCUGCAGAAGGAGUGGGCUGUCGACGUCUCUUAGGACCAGGAGGACUUGCAUCUUUUUUUAUCAGAAGUGCAAUUUGAUUGGGGAGGUGGUGUGAAAAAUUUGAUGUGGGUGACUCUAGCUAAAUUAUUUUGUUUAUGCUCCUUAAGGCUCAGUGUAUUUACACAACAUAAAAUCGAUGUAGACCUAUUUUAACCAAAAAUGCACUUGAAUGUUAUGAAACUGCUUUGAGUGCUCCAAAAGAAGAGUGAGAAGCACAACAGAUUUGCCUAACAGAACCUAAUGGGAUCUGGGAGUUGUGGAUAGGCACGUUGGGGCAGUAUUGCACUCCACACUUGGGUCAUAAAGGUUAUUCAGGUGUUGGGGUUGGUGGAUAACUGCUGACCGCUUUGUUAUUCAGUCAGUGAAUGUCUUAAUUUUCGGAGCUUUGCUUGUGCUAAGCAUGUCAGCAGAUGAUAGCAGGAGGAAGAUGAGCUUUAGUGACACUAAUGGGAAUUGAGUUUUCUUCACUUUAGAAGGAAUGACUGCUGUCUUUCAGAACCGUUUAACACUAACCCAGACGUCCUCCUUUCACGAUUGUAUCAAGCACUUUCCCAUUUGUGUGUGUGUGUGUGUGUGUGUGUGUGUGUGUGUGUGUGUUUUGUCUUGGUGAGUGACCCCUGCUGGACACACAAGGCUAGUGCUGCUCUUUGAAUAUACUGUCCAGUAUUUCUGCAGAGUUUUCAGUCACUGGUCACAAAUGUUUUUGGAGUCUAUGAACUGUAAGCUUAACGCUUGUCCAGAAGGGGGUGCUGCAGACCUCCGAAUCGACACUUUUAGACGUCUUACAUGGCACUCCGUGUAUUUGGAAAGCUGCUUGAGGAGCCCUCCAGUGAGCCACUUAAUUAGCCACUUUUGUUCUCCCUUUCCCCCCAUACAUACUUUCCUAAUUGAUGGGGAGUAAAUAAUUCAAAUGUUUUAUAAAUAUAUAUAAAUAUCUAUUUUACAAUAAUGAAUUAUGUUGUAUUUAAUACUUUUUUUCUGUACAGACUGUUUGCCAUAAAUAAAUUUGAUACUCGGUUCA